AUGUCCUUCGGCCGGCCAUCGAACACCUCGCUGAGCCUGGGAGGCGCGCCACCGCUCAAGGGCAGCUUCCCGCUAGAUCACGACGGCGAGUGCAAGGACUACAUGGUGCGGUAUCUCAAGUGCAUGAAGCAGAACAAGAACCAGAGUACAGAGUGCCGGUACCUGUCGAAGGAGUACCUCGCGUGCCGGAUGGACAAGGGACUGAUGGAGCGGACAGACUUCGAAGCAUUAGGAUUCCAGGAGGGAGAGAAGGCGGCGGGGGAAGCAGCAGGGACACAACCGACAGCGCAGGCGAAACAUCAGCAACCACCAACAGCCCGGUAG